AAGUGCUGAUCUCUCACAAAGUAUAGUUCCUGGAACAAUGAUUUCGCUUGACCCAGUCGGACGUGCAGAAGUCACCCGCCGUUCGUUUUCAAGUUUGUUAAUUGUUUUUAACGCGCGCGCGAUUAAUUAAUCUUUGUUUUCUCUUCUCAAAUUGAAACCUUCAUUGGUGUUAUCGCCUCUCCUCGGAUUCUUCUCGCCUCUCAUAGUGAAAGGCUUUUGGGGGGAGGUCGGAAGUGUCGACGGAGCAAAGCGACUCUUCGUUGACUCCGAUCAUGGCCGAGUCCUCCGUCGACCUGAAACUCCGCUGCGCCGUGUGCCUCGACACGUUCCGCGAACCGGCCAGCCUCGACUGCGGCCACACCUACUGUAAGGCGUGCAUCGAGAGCCACUGGCGAGCACAGUCAGAGGGCCGUGGCUACACGUGCCCUCUCUGCUGCAAGGUCUACUUCACGAUGCCCACGCUGAGCAGGAACAUCGUCAUCGCCGACGUGUUGGAGCAGCUGGCCGAGGGCGACGGCGGUGGCGGCGCGGAGUCGAGGGAGGAUACGACCGGGAGGUGCCCGCGCCACGGACAGACGCUGGGUCUCUACUGCAGGACGGACGGGCGGUUGAUCUGCGUCGACUGCACGAGCGCGCACAGCAGACACGACAUCGCGCCCGCGAGAGAUGAGCGGCGGGCGAAGGGCAGCCAACUGAUCGCGCUCAAGGAGACACUGGGCGGGAAGGACGUGGCGAUAACCGCCGGCAUCGCCGAUCUCGAGCAGACGACCCGCCUGUUGGAGGACGGAGCGGCGGGCACCAAGUCGAGACUGAGUGGCCGAUAUGCGGAGCUCCUCGAUCUCAUCGCCGGGGACCGGGAGUCGGCGUUGGCGGCUGUGGACGACGAGCUCGCCUCGAAGCUGAUGGGGGUUCACCGCGAGAUCGAGAGGCGACGGGCAGCUCAGCUCGAGCUCCGCGAGGCGCUCGGGAAAAUCCAGGACCUGGAGGUCACCGAGGAUCCCGUGGAUUUUCUCCAGAGGUUCGCCCAAGACUCAGAGAGGUUCGGCGCCCUGGCGAAAGCUCCGCCAGAGCCCUCCCCCGCGCCGAGGGCCCAGUUUUCCAUGGCCGCUCCUCUGGAGAAAAGGCUCGGCGAGCUACUGGAUGUCUAUACGGGCUCCGCAAAGCCCGCGCCUUCCCUGCCACUAUCUUCCCUGUCGCCACCAACGCCGCCGCCGCCAACGCCAACACAAACGCUUCCAAAGAUCGUCGCAGGCGAUGACGGAGACCGGCCGAGCGUCCCGCCGAGAGUUCCGAUCAAGCGGACCGAUCUGCUGCCGCCCAGAGGGCCGAAGGGUCCCCACGUGGUGCAGCCGGCAGCAGGGCCCAGGGUCAGCGCGAAUGGACCGUCAGACGUCACGCCGGAUUGCUUCAACAGGACUCAACUGAUUAAGAAAUAUGGAAAAUCGCCCAGUCUGGAUCAAAGCUCGGCUCACAGCGAACUCCGCAUCUCCGGAGACCUCAAGACGGUGACGCUGGCGGCCAAGGAGACCAACGUCAUGCUGAGGCGCCUGCUGAGCCGCGACAACUCCGCUCGCUUCGACGAGUGGGAGCAGGUGCUCUGCUCCGACGCCUACUCGUCGGGCCGCCACUACUGGGAGGUGGACGUGGCGUCCGCGGGCCGCGCGUGCCGCGUCGGCGUCUCGUACGCGUCCAUCGCGAGGAAGGGCAGCGGGCCCGCGUGCCGCCUCGGGAUGAACGAUAUCUCGUGGUGCCUGGAGAAGCACGGCGAGAGGAUCGUGGCGUUGCACGACGGCGUCGCGGCGACACCGGCGCUGGCGCCGGGGAGGCCAGUGCCGGGGAGGUCGCUGCGGAGGAUCGGCGUGUACCUGGACUGGGACGCCGGGCUCGUCGCGUUCCACUGCGCCGAUACGAUGGCGCCCCUCCACGCGUUCCGCUGCACAUUCGCUCAGCCCCUGUUGCCCGCCUUCCGCCUCGAGGGGCAGCUCGUCCAGGGACGUUUUGUCGGCGGUGGGAAUCUGUCGAUUGUUGAAUUCAAGUGAGAAUCGCGGUAGAGUACGGAGGGGUUUUUUGUGUUCGUGCCCCCAUCUUUCUCUCUCUGCCUCUGCAACAAUACAACGCAUCACUUGACUAAGGUACGCAAGGGCAGAUAUCGAUAGGGGAAAUAGGAAUAGGGAACGGAGCAAAUUGUCCCGUUGUAUUUUUCCUUCCUUCCUUGUGUAGUAAUACAGUGAUACCUCGGUUCACGAAUAUGCUCCGGUUCACGAACUCCGCUUCGGUUCACGAACAGGAGCCGCGGCCAUUUUAAUGCUAUUUCCAGGCUGUCGCAUGGUCGUGACUUCCUGUAGGAAGAUCGUGGAGAGAAGAAGAGACACAGAAAGAAGUACUGUGAGUACUGUGAAGACACUUUCAAAGACUUUUUGCUUUUUGGUGUGCUUUUUAGCACAUACAGUACUGUACUGUACUACUGUACAAUACUGUACUUACUGUAUUGUACAGUUCACCCGUUUGAGUGCUUACUGAUGUCAUCUCAAGCAAGGUUAGUGUUCUCUCUUUAUACAUUACUAUACUGUACAGUACUAAUGUGUAUUGUAAUUUGUUUCAUAUUUUUGUGCUUCAAAAACAAAAAAAAAAGGUCAGAACGGAUUAACCGGAUUUACAUUGAACCCUAUGGGAAAAUGUGCCUCGGUUCACGACCAAUUCGGUUCGCGACCAGAGUCAGUUCACGAAUUGAGUUCGUGAACCGAGGUAUCACUGUACUUACUUGAGAUACCGCACUGAUACUUACGUGAGGGGGGAGGUUCCCAUGAGAGGAUGACGUCACGAGCGAAAGGAAAGAGAAGGCGGGACGACAGGUAGGAGACGCCUCGAAAAGGGGGGGGGGGGGGUGUGACAUCACCGGAAGGGGCGGGGCGAUUGGGGCGCUUCUCGGCGGGAAUCGGAGUGAGGGGGGCGUGUUUCGCGUGAGCGCUCGCGAGGCAAAUAAAGAGCCGUGGUGCUCCCCUGACUUCGACUGGUGCACGCAUUACUCUUGCAACCUUCCGCUGGAAUAAAAUUACCCUUUACGUUGAGCAGCACUGCCCGUAGACUCAACACUGCACCAUAGACUCAACACCGCACCAUGACUCAACACUGCACCAUGACUCAACACUGCCCUGCAGAGGUCGCAAACGGGUUUUGAUUCCUUACCCGUACCCGGCCGCACCAGGGUCGCAAAUGGGUACCCCUUCCCUACCCGAAAUGAGUGACAAACGGUUACUCACAAGUGACUCACGGCCUACCCGUACCCGGCCGCACCAGGGUCGCAAACGGCUACCCGUACUAGGCCGGGUACGGGUAGCCGGGUAUCGGGUAGGGUACGGGUAUCGGGUACCCGGUUACGACAUCUGCCGUAGACUCAACACUGCACCAUAGAAUCAACACUGCCCUGUAGACUCAACACUGCCCGUAGACUCAACACUGCACCAUAGACUCAACACUGCACCAUAGACUCAGCACUGCACCAUAGACUCAACAUUGCACCAUAGACUCAAAACUACACCAUAGACUCAACAUUGCACCAGUGGCGGCUCCUGCAAAAUCUCUCAGGGGGGGCAAAUGUCUGGAUGAUUGAUAAGGAUAAGGUCCACCCAUGCAAUGGAUAAAUUAACAGCUUAAGCAUGAAAAGGCAACUUCACUUCUUUAAUAUUAAUGAAAAAUAAAGUGACUCUUACAAUACAUCUUGUUUGUUUCUAUACUCACUAUUAAAACAAACCACUCAACACUCGUUUAUUUUAUUAAAGAUUCCACUAGGUGGCGAUAAAUUAUAUUGUUGGAUGAAACGUGCUUACGUAUGAUGACGUUAGCACGUAUGAUGACGUAAGCACGUUAGUGCAUGCCCUCCUGGAAGCCAUAAAGAAUGCAUUGGAGCGCCCCCGUUCGAAAAAAAACAUCUUUCAAUGUAAGUCUAUGGGGCCACUCGGGGCGAUUCUCAGCCGGAGUGAAAUCGCCCAAAAAGAGGCGGUACUCCACAGAACGUGACAUGACGCUGAUUGGACUAUAUCCAGAGGCACAGUGACGGCUAGCGUGACUCUGUGGUUGAAUGACAUUGGUGGUGCGUCGCCCAAUCGCCCUAAUGAAGAAACCGCCCCUGCAUUGCACCAUAGACUCAACACUGCACCAUAGACUCAACACUGCACCAUAGACUCAGCACUGCCCAUAGACUCAACAUUGCACCAUAGACUUAACACUGCUCCAUAGACUCAACAUUGUACCAUAGACUCAACACUACACCACAGACUCAACACUGCCCAUAGACUCAACAUGGGACUUAGUAAGAUGAAAGUUGAGAUGUAUAAGGGUCACUGGGUGACCAAUAAGGUCUGAAUUGGUCUGUAAUAAGGUGGGGCACUGUAAUAUGGUGGGGCACUGAUAAGGGGUUGACAGGUAUGGAAACGGCAACAUUUUAUUUCAAAAGUCCUCUUCAGAAGGGCAAAUUGCUGUCUCUGCAAUAGCGAUCAGAGACCGCCCCCCCUCUACGUCACAAUAGCGAUCAAAGACUCACCCCCUACGUCACAAUAGCGAUCAAAGACCCCCCUCUACGUCACAAUAGCGAUCAGAGACCUCCCCCCCCUACGUCACAAAACCGCAACUCAAUACCUCGGUCCAGAAGCCAGCCCAAACUCUCAAUCAUAACAGCAGCCGAUUCUCAUAUCAAAGACCCCCCCCCCCCCCCCCCCACAUAGCCUUCACAGACUGUUGGAGCAAGUGCUGUUAGCGAGCACCUAUGAAAGUCGGCACGGCACACAAGGGAGUGGGUGACCAGCACCACGGACAGCCGCCUUUGUCUCCCCAGUGGCGAUGUUUACACAGCUGAGUCGACCUAGGGGAGGCCCAGGACGGGUUCAAAUAAUCGUCCACUGGUGUUGACCGUGAGCGGGAAUCAAACUCGGGUCGCCGGGUUCGUAGCGCAGCUAACCGCUACAUCACCGCUCCCCACACACAUUAUGUAACAAACAUUGAACAAGACGCAUUUUAAUAUCCUACAUCAAACAUCUGCCCAAAACGUAGCCACGUUAUUUUUUUUAAAGGGGUUCGUCUGUAUCUCAAUAGCUCCUGUGAGUGUGACUCUCCGUACACCUAUUUAAACAAGCUGGUGUCAUAAGUCAUGUUGUCGACUGCAAUUCUCAUCAGGCCCCACAGUGUGAGCAAAUGGAGUCUCCGACUCGUUAUCAACCACUCUGUCUCUCUACUGGCCCGUUUAUUGAAGUGCUAUGACGAAGGAUCAUUGCCCGAAACGUCGCCUAUUUUAUAUUACGUUUUUACACGCUUUUAUUUAACUCACUCUGUCUGUUGUUGUCGUUGUAUCCUCAAAUCUUGUAACUCAAUUUUAACCCACUUCCCAAUGUGGUAUCGACUGCAAACUUGGUAUACGUAUGUCAUACCGAUAGCAAUAUUAUAUUCUAUCAUUAAAAAUAAAACAAUAUAUUUUAAAACAUUAUGUUUUAUGUUAUGUUUCGGCUUGGGUCUAAUUGUCCACGGUCAACUGACGUUGGCUGUAAUUGGCCACGAUCCCUGACGUUAUGGCAAGCUUCGGGGCCACUUCCUGGAGUUGUGGAGUUCUUCCAUUACUAGUACGGUACAUUUCAUUAAAGCGUGUUUAAAAAAAAGUUAAAAAAUAUUAUUUCGUUUUCAUUUGAAGGCCACGGCGGUGUUAUUGGACGUGUUGAGGUUUUGGUUCCGACACUUCCCACCAGAUGGCAGGACAGGGCCACGCUGUUGAUGAACUUUCAGACGGAGAGA